GUAAGUGACAGCAAUAGAUCAAAGUUGAAGCAGCAAUGCGAACAAAGCACUUCAUUGUGGUUCUUUGCUGUACUGUUACCUCAACAUUAUUAUUUAUCAUUUUGGGUACAAGCGAAUCAAGUGACUUAAAAAAUAUAGUUUCACACACUCAUCAACAAAUAAAUAAGAUCCAGGAAAAUUUGCGUGUUUCUGAGGAAAAGAAACUUGAUAUUGACUCGAAAUAUCUUACCAUAUUGGGAUUUACAACGUCGACGUCGUCGGCUACUUAUAAUGCUACAAAAAAUGCACUAACUUCAGAUUACUACAAAUAUGAGGCCCGAAAUAAAGGGGAAAAACACUCAUACAAAUAUCCGGGUUAUAUGCUUGAUGUAGAACUUUUACCAAACUCGAAAGAGGAAACAGAGAACUCUCAAUCUCAAGUGCAUACUGCUGCGGCACAUUUAUUUAAUGGCACCAAAGUCAAUUUUACCAUUGUUACAUACGUCCAGGAAGGGCAGGCUCCGUCUGCCAUUCUUUUGUCGCAGAAUAUUGCUUCAAAAUUUCCAAAUGAAUAUUUAAUGAUAUACGAUCUUGGUUUAUCCGAAGAGGAAUUACGAGCUUUGACCGCGUACUGUAACAAUUCCCGAUGUACUGUAAUAUCGUAUGAUUUGUCAGUAUUCCCAUCUCAUGUUGCGGACCAAAGGAUGCAUGCAUAUCGGCCGAUCAUAAUAAAGGAUGCUCUUAUACGCUCCAAGUCAAUUCUGUUUGCCGAGAAUUAUAUAAGGAUUCGGGGAACAAGUCGAGAUUUAAGUGACUUACAAAAACAUUUGCACUUGGUAGGAGUGUUAGGGUGGAACAGCCCUACCGCCGUUUCUACACGUACACACCCAAAAAUGUUCGAUUACUUUCAAACGGAUGCAGACGAUUUUAUAUUUUUGAGGAUGGUGGAUCUGGAUACUGUCCUUUUUGAGGAUACAGCUUUUGUUGCCGAAAAAAUACUCUUGCCCUGGAUUAAAUGUGCGCUUACACUAGAAUGUAUAGACCCUAUCGGUGCGCAGUCAAAUGGUUGCAAAUAUAACAAGAAGCCACAGUAUCGCUAUUCCGGUUGUCAUAGCUAUGAUACAUCUGCAUUCAAUAUUGUUCUAGGCUUAACAUGGCAUCUAGAUGACUCAAAGUAUUCACUGCCAAGUAAAAAUUAUAACAUAUUUUAUAAAGAAACAUUGGAGCAAGCAACAAAGAUUCUCGAAAAUCGAAGACGAAACAGUAGUGAAACAUCCGAACACCCAUUCACAGAUGAUUAA